GCGAUAGAUUUGUUGCAAUUGAUUAUAUAUUUAUCGAAAAGGGCAAAGAGAAGCCGAAAUAUUUGGCAUUAAAAGAUAAUUUUGUAUUAAAACUAAGGAAAUAAGUAACAAUAAAUCGCAGAACAGGGAGACAUGGCCAACGUCGAGUCUAUGAUUGUGGAGGAAAAGACGCAGGUCAAGCAGAUUGACCGCGAGAAGACCUGUCCUCUGCUGCUGCGCGUCUUCUGCUCUACGGGACGGCACCACUCCGUGUCGGAGUAUAUGUUCGGCAACGUGCCCACCAAUGAGCUGCAGAUCUACACCUGGCAAGACGCCACCCUCCACGAGCUUACCUCCCUGGUGCGCGACGUCAAUCCGGAUACCCGGAAAAAGGGCACCUACUUUGACUUUGCCGUCGUGUACCCCAACUACCGGAGCAAUCACUUCCAGAUGCGCGAAAUCGGAGUGACCUGCACGGGCCAAAAAGGAAUCGAUGACAACAAGACACUUGCUCAGGCCAAAUUCAGCAUUGGAGACUUUCUGGACAUCUCGAUUACCCCACCCAACCGCCUGCCACCCACAGCCAGGCGCCAGCGUCCCUACUGAUUCUUCACGUUCAUCUAUUCUAAUCAUUUUAAUCUUUCACUUGACACUCAAUGGAGUAUGGACAUAAUUAUAAGUGGAAUACAAGUAAGACGAACUA